AUGUCGAGCAAAACAAGCAAAAAGGCUUAUACCCUUUGCGAUGUGAAGUGUUCGCUUGUGGCUGUCGUGAGAGCUGAAACGGGACAGCCUCUAGGGCCCAAAUUCUGUACUAUUAAGGACUACCCCACAUAUAACAAUCUAGAAAAAUCAUUAUCUGAGUACCUUGACAGAAUUGAUAGCAAAGGAUUUCCCAUAAUGUAUUCCUCAGAAGAACCCACUUUAUUUAAGCCAUCCCAAUUAGAUCCUCAAUUCCCUCGGACUGCUCUCUUACAGAAGGCUUUGAGUCAACUUCACUAUCUUCCUCCACAUAUUGACCUAUUCACUCAUAGAGGAGAUUUAGUCGAUCUUGCAUUAUCUUUCAUGCCUACUGAGUUCAAUGGUUAUGAUAAAAUAGAUCAUAUUGUGUUCAAAAGCCAUGGGAGGUUAUUCCUUUUUCAUGAUAGACUUAGAGAUGACUCUUUUACGUCUUCGGAUGCUCGAAACAAUUGGUAUGCUGGCCAAAAGUUUGAGCAUAUGUGUACGACCACAGAUUGGCCCAAAGAUGUGUCACUUUGGAAACCGUUGAGGCCGCGAGAAAAGAAGGAAUGUCCAAUUCAUAACAUUUUAGAAUUGGAAUUAUCACAUAAAAUGAAUGCUCUAGUCAUCGCAGAGAACGACUGUCGAGACCCCAGUAAAGAUGGUCUCGAUAGUAUUAUAGAACUCAAAUGUACCGCAGCUCAAAAGUAUAAAUCGGGAGAGCAGUGGCACAAAAUGAGUAACAAACAAAUUUUAAAGAAAGUGAUUCAUGCGAACUCGGUAAUGAAAUUCAUGAAAAUGUGUCUUCAGGUAAGAUUAUGUGGCACAACCACUGUUGUAAUCGGAUUUCGUCUUCGAAAGAAAUUGAUUGCUAUUCGAAAGUUUCAAGUUGAACAACUAGAGAAUCAUAUUUAUUACUGCCUCAAGAGUGAUGCAAGAUCAUACUACUCCAGAACCCUAAAGAAUCUCAAUAAACUCAUUGAACGUCUAGACAGAGCAUGUGCCGAUGGUAGUUUUUACAAGUUGACAAAAAGUGGGUAUAAAGAGCCCAUUUUGGUCAAUAAGAUUUCCGCAGACGAUGCUGUCUUUAAAGUGCCUUUUAUUGCUGAUUUCGAGAAGCUUUUAUCCCAAAAGGUCAAAGAACGCUGCUCAUUCUUAGAGAGUCAUCGUGAGCAAGAAAACUCUGGGAAAGAGCUCAAGGAGGAUUAUAAGGGCACUGCAACUAGCGAUGAUCAGAAACAUGAAGGAGCUGUGGUUUGUUCAAAUAGUAGGAAAAAGAAUAAGAAUAGAAAGAAGACGAAGAGCAAGCGGAAAGAUAUUGGCAAUGGCAAACCAAAAGACGUGUGUGAGGGCCAGAAACCCGUGCCAGCUAUAGACAAACGGAUGAGCAAAAACAGAUCCUCAGAAAAAAAUACUCUUCAAGCCAGUUCUGAUGAACCGGAAAAAGGAUUAAAAUUAGGGGAAAUAGGGCAAGAAAAUUCUAGCAUUUCUUCCAGUGUCGAAUCAAAAUCAAAGUUGAAGGUUGAUGAGCAUAAAAAAGGAAAGAUAAGGCUAUCAUUAGUGCGAAGAUCGAAGAGAAAUUAUCGAAUUCUUCAUCUUCAAGCUUGA